AUGGGUCACCAUAACCUUCGUUUUGACGACGACCCUCAUUCGCUGAGUGGCGCUUGGAGUCCCCCAACAAGCAGAGCCAAUUUUUGUGAAGAAGACUAUGCCAUCACGUUCUAUCUUGCAGAAUUUAUCAAUGCGUUGACAAACGUUACCUAUGUAUACUUGGCUCUGCGAUCCAUGUAUGGCUCGCGUAGCCGUGGACUGUUUGCUCCAAACUGGGACUUUAUGUCCUUUUCCCUCACGGUUCUCGGCAUCGGAUCCUUCCUAUUCCACGCGACGCUUCGCCAGACGCUCGAGUUUGUUGACGAGCUGUCCAUGAUGUUGCUGUCCUGGUCCAUGCUUCGAGCUCUGCUCAUCUUGCGACAGCCCCCCAAGAACAUUCAGUACAUCUCAAUCACCCUGGCAGUAUUCUUCAUCUCAUUUUCGAUCUUCUACGUCAUGUCAGCAAAGAUCAUUUACCAGGUUAUUGCCUUCUGGGUUUCGCUUAUCCUCAUCGGCGUGCGUGUCAGAUACUUGUUCUACUGGGCCAAGCCUGCCUUUUCCGAAGACAAAGUUCGUAAGUGGGCUGUACGAGUAUGGACUGCUACAUUCACUUGCCUCUUUGGAUACCUCAUUUGGAACAUCGAUCUUGAGUUUUGCCACCAGUUGAGAGCAUAUCGCCAGAAAAUUGGACUUCCUUGGGCUUUCCUUCUCGAGCUCCAUGGAUGGUGGCAUAUUCUGACGGCUGUUGGAGCGAGCCAGUUCAUGAACGUUUUGAGAGAGGUGCGAGAGGAAGUGGACAGAGAGAAGAAGGAAUGA